GUUUACGCUUAAACGCUCAACCCCAGCCACCAGCGUCUCAUCAAAGAAAUCCUACAUCGCUUGACGCUAUCAUACAUAUCCACUAGGAAUCCAAAUAAGACCAAACUAGUUUCUUGUCGAUCCUUUAAAUAUGUUUUAUUAUAGUUUUCAAUUAUUCGUUAAUUUUCUCACCGAAUUAAGGUUUGUGUUUUUGUUCCUCAAAUAUUGUUAGUUUGAAUCCAAGAAAUAAAAAAGAAAAAAAAAAAAAAUGAAGAUGAAGCUGGACGAGGAUCUGGGCCGUGAUCGAGGAGAUGAUGAUCAAUUCCAAACUGACGAUGAAGAAAAUCAAGCAGAAAGAGUAUUUGAUCUUGAGGGUGUAGACACUGAAUCUGAUGUUGAUACAUUACCCUCUAGGCAUGAUUCCGGUAACGAUAUAAUCGACGAUGACAUGCCGGCAUGGCCUCAGAGCUAUAGGCAAUCAAUUGACAUGUACACAAGUGUGACACCUCCUAAUGUGAAUUUCUUGAGGGGAAGUGGUUUGGUUAAAAGAAGUACAUCUUCGUUGUCGGCAUUCAAGACACAACAACAAGCAUCUGAAUCUGAUACACUGCUCAGGAAUCAUCUUCUCUCCGAGACAUGUUUAAACCAAGAAGCUUCAACACCAACUUUCAGAUCAUCCUCUCUUCUUUAUUCCAAACCCUCCAUACGUGAAUUGCCUCCGCCACAGAAGCAAUGUUCAUUUGCUCAAGCAACACUUAAUGGAAUCAAUGUUCUAUGUGGAAUAGGCCUCCUUACAACUCCAUAUGCAAUAAAAGAAGGGGGUUGGUUGAGCCUCAUGCUACUUGUAAUGUUCGGUGUGAUAUGUUGCUAUACAGGGAUUCUAUUGAAAUGUUGCUUGGAAAGCACUCAAGGACUUGAAACAUACCCUGAUAUUGGCCAGGCUGCUUUUGGCAAAGCCGGUCGCUUAGCCAUAGCUAUACUUUUGUAUAUGGAACUAUAUGCUGCUUCUGUUGAGUUUAUAACCAUGAUUAGCGAUAACUGGGCAUCGUUGUAUCCGAACACCUCCAUAAGUUUUGGUGGAAUCCAACUUGAUUCUCAUCAAACAUUUGCAAUCUCAGCAGCUCUUUUAAUUUUGCCAACCGUUUGGCUUCGAAAUCUUAGUUUGCUCUCCUACCUCUCAGUUGGAGGAGUGAUUGCAUCAAUCCUGGUUGCGCUUUGUUUGUUAUGGGUUGGAGUGGUGAACAAAGUUGGAUUUCAUCCCGGUGGAACAGCCUUAGAUCUUACAAACUUCUCUGUUUCAAUUGGUAUAUAUGGCUACAGCUACUCAGGACACUCAGUUUUUCCAAAUAUCUAUAGCUCCAUGAAAGAACCAUCUCAGUUUCCUCAUGUUCUAUUCACCAGCUUUCUCUUUUGUUUUCUCAUGUACAUUGGGGUUGCAGUAUGUGGCUUUCUAAUGUUCGGAAACUCAACUCAAUCUCAGUUCACUUUGAACAUGCCCAAACAACUUGUUGCUUCUAAAAUUGCAACUUGGACAAUGGUGGUUAACCCAAUUACAAAAUAUGCUUUAACAAUUACACCAGUGAUGUUGAGUUUGGAGGAACUCUUGCCUUUGGCCUUGCGUGAAUCAUACAGUGUCUCACUUAUUAUGAGAACAAUUUUGGUGUUUUCAACUUUGAUCGUCUCCUUGACUGUUCCAUAUUUUGGUUCAGUGAUGGCAUUAAUUGGUUCUAUGCUUGCUAUGCUAGUUGCUCUUAUUUUCCCGUGUGCUUGUUAUCUUAGGCUAUUCAAACAUAGAGUAACUAAGUUACAGAUUGCAGUUUGCAUUUUCAUUAUGAUUGUGGGGUUGGUUUGUUCUUGUAUUGGCACAUUUUCAGCUAUAAGAAGAAUAGCUGAGAAGAUGGCAUGAAAAUAAUUAUGAAUAUGUUGUUGUCCACAUUAUACGCUAAGAAUACUGCAAGUGCCAAAUAAGCAUCUGUAAAUUCCUAACCGCAGGACGAAAAAAAGAAAAAUAGUGAUGACUCAUGUAUUUGUAAAGCAAUUUUUAUUUUGAUGGAAAAAAAAGAAGAAAAAAUUCAUUUACGCCAUCUAUGUACUGUGGGAUUAACAUAUUUUAUAUUUUUAGAAAUUGUAAAAAACUCUCUCUAAAUA